AUGGCGGCGGCGGUCGGUCCAAGACGAGCUUGGAGCCGGGCCGUGUUGUCGAAGAUCCGGCUUAGCCGGAGGCGGCGAGGGUUGGUGAGGAGGGAGAUUGUAAUUGCUAGUAGGAGAAAACACCACCGUGGCCCGGCCCGUGGUGAGACGACGAGGCGGCGGCACGGCGGAGCUCAGGAGCUGAGGGAGUUGGUGCCUGGUGGAGAAACAAUGGAUUAUCAGAAUUUGUUAGAUGAGACUGCUCAUUAUGUUAAGUGUCUUACUACUCAGGUAAAGGUUAUGAGAAGUAUUGUUAAUUACUGCUCUACACCUGUUAAUUAA